AGUAACUACGGUGUGGUUCUUAUUCCUAUGGCUCCUCCACCACUAGCCACCGCUCCUCCACCACUAGCCGCCGCUCCUCCACCACCGCAACCACCCACCCCCCUUCUUCCUUCAACCCACAAGAACUGAUCUGAAUCCAAACAAAGCAUAAGAAGAUUGUACAGUUGAUUCAAAUCACAAACCACCAUUCGCUCCAUACACAAACACAAAUGCUGACAGAUUCAGAGCUGCUACAACACCUCCACGAUAUCCUACGAACCUCCAACCUUGACACCGCCACCGGCGCCACCGUCCGCCGUAUACUGGAGGACGAAUUAGGUGUCGAUUUGUCCGAUAGGAAACCCUAUAUUAGACAACAAAUUGAUCUUUAUCUUCAAUCUAGGUAUACGAAUGGUAAUACGGACGGAUGCGGUGAGGAAUUGGAGAAUGUUAAGGUGGAGGAGAGUGAUACUGGCGGAAGUUGUGAUGAGGAGGGUGAAGAUGAGCCUGAUGAGGAGGAUAGUGAUGUUGAUGACAAGAAGGUGAACAGCUCUGGGAAACCAUCUGCACUCCAGCCGUCGAAGAAACACAACACGAAGAACGUGGUGGGUGGUUCAGUCGCUGCUUAUUUGUACCAUUUGUGGGUGGUGGCGGCUGAUGGUGAUGGGGGUACAACACUCAGAUGGAAUUGAUCUUUUAAUUGGUGAGUACAACACUCAGAUUUUGUGCACAUGAUGGUGUUUAAUUGGUGGUUUACUUAUAACCAGGUGGGUGGU